UUUGCACCUUUGAAAUUGAAUGAUAUAGAAGGAGACAGAUAAAUUCAUGGACACUGUCCUAAUGAGUAUUUUUUGGCCUUCUAUAUGUAAGUCUAAGUUCAAAGGCAUAGAGAUUUGCAAAGGUCUCCAAUAGAAAAAUAAUAAGUAGGGCCAGCUCAAAACUUUCAAAGCAGCAACCUUUAUUUAAUAGAAUUGAAAGAGACUUAGUCCUCCUCUAUCUGCUCAAAACCCUUUUACGCUUUUUCUUUAAGUUGCUUAUCUUGAAUUUCUAUGGAGGCCAAUGCUCAAGAUGGGUCAUUGGCUGUGCCUCUCAUUGUUGGUGAGGAGCACCAUAGCCUAAGCUACAAACUGAGAGAUACAGAGUCAAGUUACAAUCAUUCUAGUAAAGGAGAUACGUCUUUUUUCAAGACCAUUGUCAAUGGACUCAAUGCUCUAUCAGGAGUUGGAAUACUUUCAACCCCAUUUGCAGUAUCAUCAGGAGGGUGGUUGAGUUUGAGCCUACUAUUUGUCAUCGCCAUUGCAGCUUUUUACUCAGGCUUGUUGAUUAAAAGAUGUAUGGAAGCAGAUUCUGAUAUCAGAACCUAUCCCGAUAUAGGAGAGCGUGCUUUUGGCAACAAAGGAAGAAUUUUGGUAUCCGUUUUUAUGUACAUAGAGCUUUAUUUGGUUGCCACAGGUUUCUUGAUUCUUGAAGGGGAUAACUUACAGAACUUAUUUCCAAAUAUGGAAGUUGAAGUUGCAGGAUACCAUCUUGGCGGUAGACAAACUUUUGUCAUUAUUGUUGCUCUUAUUAUCUUGCCAACUGUUUGGUUAGAUAAUUUAAGCAUACUUUCUUAUAUAUCUGCAAGUGGGGUUUUAGCUUCUGCUAUUAUUCUUGUUUCGAUUUUCUGGGCUGGAGCAUUUGAUGGAAUUGGAUUUCAGCAAAAGGGAACAAUGCUAAAUUGGGAUGGAAUCCCCACUGCUGUUAGUUUAUACGCCUUUUGUUACUGUGCACACCCAGUUUUCCCAACCCUCUAUACUUCUAUGAAAAAGAAGCAUCAAUUCUCUAAUGUUCUGCUUAUUUGCUUCGUCGUAUGCACUUUCAGCUAUGCAUCAAUGGCAAUAAUCGGUUACUUGAUGUUCGGAUCAGAGGUUCAGUCGCAGAUAACCUUAAACCUUCCAAUCGGAAAGUUAAGCUCAAGAGUGGCGAUAUACACUACUUUGGUCAAUCCUAUAUCCAAAUAUGCAUUGAUGGUUACACCAAUAGUGACUGCUACUAAGAAUUGGUUUGCAUCGUACUGCAAAAAUAAGCCAUUUAACAUAUUUAUCAGUACAGUUUUUUUGAUCAGCACUGUAAUUGUAGCACUUGCUGUCCCUUUCUUUGGCUAUCUCAUGUCGCUAGUUGGAGCAUUCUUAAGUGUCACUGCUUCAGUUAUACUUCCAUGUUUAUGUUACUUGAAGAUUUCAGGUGUUUAUAGGAGACUUGGAUGUGAAUUGGUGUUGAUAGUGGGAAUUGUAAUUUUGGGGUUUACGGUUGCAAUAUUUGGCACUUACACUGCCCUUUUGCAGAUUGCAGGGCAUCUGUAGUAACCUUUUGCUUGUUGUAGGCAGUUGCUCUAAGUAACUAUAUAAUUAUUGAUAAUAUUAUAUAGAUCAGAAAUUUCUUAAAGGAAAA